CACGCUGGAGCUACGCAGUACGCAUGCGUCUAACACAACGCUGGAUAAAAGGAAGCUAAAUGUGUGUUUAAUCAUUAGAACAAUAUAGGAAGGCUGAAAAACACUUAUCGACUACCUGAACCCUUUCUUUAAGGAUCCCAGCCUCGGCAUCGCUCUACAAGUCAAGUUAAAGCAAUGAAGAUAAUGAAACGGCCCAACAUUCUGCUCACAGGUACGCCGGGAGUUGGAAAGACAACCCUAGGUAAAGAGCUUGCUCAACGGACAGGCCUCACCUAUAUCAACAUAGGUGACCUAGCACAAGAAGAGGUAUCAGUGGUUGUCUCUGGUCAUCGUCUUGAUGUUCCUUCCCCCCCCCGCCCAGGUCAGCUCUUUGAUGGUUUUGAUGACGACUACCAGUGUCCUGUUUUGGAUGAGGAUAGGGUUGUCGAUGAGCUUGAGGAGAAGAUGGUGGACGGGGGUGUCAUAGUGGACUAUCAUGGUUGUGACUUUUUUCCAGAGCGCUGGUUUCAUAUUGUGUUUGUCCUUCGCACGGAUAACACAAAUCUCUACAGCCGUUUAGAAAGCAGGGGCUACACAGGGAAGAAACUGCAGGACAACGUCCAAUGUGAGAUCUUUCAGACCAUUUAUGAGGAGGCCAUGGAGGCCUACAAGGAGGACCUGGUUCACCAGUUACCGAGCAAUAAGCCAGAGGACCUUGAGAGCAACAUGGAUCGUAUUGUCGAGUGGAUGGACCAGUGGAUAAAAAACAACAACUAGUGUGUAGGAAGUACACAUACAUUGACUUGUAUGAUUGGUCCUCACAGAUAGAGCAAGAUAUGGACAUUAUAUGUGGCGUAUUCGCAGAAGACAAACAUUAUUGGGAAAUUAGUAGGCAUGUGUGACUUUUUCUUUUUGAAUAAAAAAAAUUAAUUCUUCCAUAA